AGUCUCUAAACUUAUUCUGCUGAGAAGUGUGCUUUUGUCUUUCUUCCCGAGGCUGCCCAGCUGUCCACGUCAUUCGCAAGUUUGGAGAUGCCAUGCUUUGGCAGCAGUUGAAACAGCAGCAGGACACUGCUUCGUGAGUUGCUCUGAAGACAGCAAACAGGACUUUGGGGACCUUCUAGAACAAGGGGAGAAAGAAGCAGAGUUGAGAGCUACAGAGCCCUGUUGAUGUGGUAUCAACAUGAUCUUGACCACAUGCCAAAUGUCAAACAAACAACUCCAGGCUUCCAAAAACUCAUCUGUCACACAGGACAAGUGGCACAAGAUUGUGGUUAUGGGGUUACUUACUGCAGUUUGGAUCUUGUACUUCAGGAUCUCUUGGACUGAAAGCACCGCCCCUCGGCCCCCAGCUCCCCGUCCUGCAAACAAAUCCUCUGGAUUUCUCUCCAGGACACUCGCCAACCUGACUCAUCUUUUGUAUUGGCCUCUGACUCCGGGACAUAAAAGGGACAUUUUGGCCUCCACCAGUGCCAAGACCUCCACCUACCACAUGAGGGGUCCUGCUCAGACCAGUUACACCCUGGGAGGCUACCUAGAGGCUGUCCUUGUGGCCAGGGACCACAAGGGUAGACCCAAGACUCACGGUGGAGAUCUGUUUAGGGCACAGCUGCUGGGUCCCUAUCUGCAUACAGGGGUCCCUGGGGAUGUCCGGGACCUGGAGAAUGGCACAUACCUCCUGUCCUUUCCCCUGCUUUGGGCCGGGACGGCCCAGGCGCAAGUGCGGCUGAUCCACUCCAGUGAGGCAGUUGAAGUUCUACGGAGAAUCUGGAGAGAAGAAGGGGCCACAGUCGAUUUCACAGGCUAUUUCCGGGGACCCACAGGAUACGAAGAAAACAUGACUUGCAAUGUGAACCCCUUGUUGUUUGGGGAGAAACAGGAUAUCUGUUACUACAAGGAUGAAGAUUCUGGUGAACUCUGGUUCUGUGCCCAGCCCCAGACCCUGUCCUGUGACUCACUGGUUGGACAUUCAGCUGGACGAUACUGGAAAGUGACCACACCAUAUGAAGAUGCUCUGCUGGCACGGAACCUGACAGACCAGGUCCUCCCGCAGGGUAUUGGCCCAGUCCAUGUAUCCAAGAAAAGGAACAGGAAACUGGUUCUGCCUCCUGAACAGCCGUGCUACCCUGGGAUCCCAGCCCCAAAGCCCUCUGGCUUCUACCAUGGAAAUGUCUGGUACUCGCUGGCCUGCUCCAGCCGCUCCUUCCCCACAGCAGAGAGCAUCGUGGGCUGCCUGGCUGGCCACAUCGUCCACAUGAUGGGGGACUCCACGCUUCGGCAGUGGUGGGAGUAUCUGCGUGAUACCGUGCCCUCCCUGAAGCCCGUGGAUCUCCAUGCCACAUAUCAGUCAGGGCCCCUGAUGGCCGUGGACACGACAAUGGGCAUAGUGCUGCACUGGCGGGCCCACAGCUGGCCCCUGCGCACUCUCCGCACACCAGUGGCCUCCCUACACUCAGUGGUCAGGGAGCUGACAGGCCUGGCGGGGGGUCCCCACACCGUGGUUGUGCUGGGCUUGGGAGCCCACUUCACCACCUUUCCCCCCUCCGUAUUUGUGCGACGCUUGGCAGGGAUUCGGGCAGCUGUGAUGGCCCUGCUGGCCCGGGCACCCAGUACUCUUGUGGUUAUCAAACUGGCCAAUACUGGCUACAAGUCUGUGUAUGGCAGUGACUGGCUCACCCUACAUGUGAACCGGCUCCUUCGAGCUGCCUUUUCUGAUCUCCGUGUGGCGUUUGUGGAUGCCUGGGAAAUGACCUCCAGCUUGGCCCUACCAGACAACAUCCACCCAGUGAAGCUCAUUGUCAGCAAUGAGGUGGACCUACUCCUCUCCUUCAUCUGUCCCACCUGAGUAUUCCUGAGGCUCAUAAGGCUGGGCUGGCAGUGGGCCUAAAGCCUGAAAAAGAACUGGGAGAAUUAUACUCAUAAUAAACCCUUCUGAGAUAAAGACAGGUGUCAUCAACUUCUCCCACUGGGAGGCUAUAAUCUUCCUCACUAGUCCAGCUGAUUUUCUUCUUGCCUCACACCAAUCCCUUUCCCACUCUGAGCCAAAAGUGAUUAUUUGAGAAGCAAAUAAGAUCAUGGUAUUAUUCCCAGCUUGAAAGCCAAGGGCUCCUAUCUUAAUAUAAAUCCAAAUUCAUGCCAUGGUCCCUAAGAUCCUAUAUGAUGGCCCCCCCUUAACUUGACCCUCAUUUCUUACCCUUCUGUGACUCUUUGUAGUUCAACUGACAUCUUCUUGCUGUUUAAGAGUCCCGUCCUACCUCAGGGGCUCAUGUCUGCUGUCCCUAAGCUGCUGCGCCUGUCUUUCAGAUUCUCCUAUGACCACCUUUCUUUUCUUUCAAAAAAAGGUAGAGGCAGGUAGAGGCCUCCCGGAAGACAGAAAUCGUGUCUUUCUAUGGAGUUUCUAGGGUCUUUCCAUGCAGUUUAGUCUGGCCUUGCACUCACUUUAUAGCCCAGGCUGGUCUCGAACUUGCAAGGAUCCUCCUGCCUCAGCCUCCCAAAUGCUGGGAUUAUAGGCGUGAGCCACCAUGCCUGGCCCUUUCUUUCAAUUUUUUAAACACCUCAGAGUCCUUUCCUAUCCACCCAAAUGUAAAGAGCUCCCUAUCUCCUCCUCACUGUGUUCCACAUCACUAUGUAGAAUCCAUAAUUAUUUCAUAGCUACUAUUUAUUAUUAUUGCUUCCUUGACAGGAAGCUUGUCAAGCUUACUUGUAUUCCACAACCUACAGUACUGCUGGAGACAUUGCAGAUAUCAAAUA